AUGGCUCCAGUGCUACCGGUCGGGGAAUUCCCCGCGGCUCUCUUGUCACUGGAAGCUCGGGAUCCCACUCAAGACAUUCCUCUUGACGCUUUAUCCACUGCCACGUUGAACAUCCUGACCCCUCGAUCUGACUCCACUACAACAUCGACAAAGGUCACCUAUGGCAAAGGGACUGUCAGCCCGAAUAGCAUCAAAAUGCAGGGCCUCAUGGCCCUCUUUGCCAUUAUCGGGCUUGCAUUUGUGCUCGCCUGUAUUUGGUUCUUCUUCUGGGCCAAGAACGGCGGCUUUGUCUGGCGUAAAGGAGAUUGGGAGGACUACAAGUCGACUGUUCUGCGUCGAAAAGGCCCAGAUGGCCGGACGCUCACUAAUGCUACUAAGAGUACGAAGCUAGGCGGCGGGAGUAUCGUCGGUAAAGGUUACAGUGAUGAUGGCUACACAUAUACGGAUGAGACUGGUACCUACACGGAGACCGCAACCACCAUCUCUGAUGAGAAACCGAGAAAGAAAAAGCGCAAUUUCCGCGAAAAGCUGCUCCGUCGCAACAAGGACGAGCACUGGGAGGGUGAAGCUGAUGCGGACGUGCGCGCCUACCGGGAAGAGAAACCUGCUCGCAUUGGUGGCAUGAACCGCGAGGCGGAUGGCACGUAUCACGGCAGCGACUAUGAUUCCUCGGCCGCGCCCACUCACUAUCAGCAAAGUGAAAUGAGCGAAGUCCGUGACUACGCCUACGAAAAACCCCGUCGCUCUCGCAAACGCAAUCCCUCCGGCUUCUCCUUCACUGCUGGCAGCGAAGACGUCCUCAGCCAGGCCACCGAAGAGCAUCAUUUGCGCGAUCCUUCUACUCGUCGCCAUUCUCGUCGGCCCAAUCGUGAACGUCAUCGCAGUGCUGCACCUCCUUCUGCGCCUUCUUCUCGAACCAGCAGCCCCCGCAAAAAGGAUCGUCGCUCGGUCCCUGGCGGCUACACCGAACCGCUCGAUUUCUCGUCUGCCGGAAGCCGAUCCGAGUACCAGUAUUCGAAUGUCGACACCGAAGAUUCGGGUACGAAGAGCUACCACCACCCCAUUCCAGGCUUGACCAAAGGCUACCGCCGGGAUGGAAAAGGCCGUCGCCGCCGUGAUAGCUUGAGUGACAGCGAGGGUGACGAGACCAGAUAUUCGUAA